UACUAUUAUUACAGACUAUUAUUAUGAUUUAUUUCACAAGUUGGAGAAAUUGUUUAGGACUUUCCUGUUUUCUGGUCCCAGCGAUCGACGUGCUAGGGUUUCUAAACUUCCCUUCGUUGCCCGCCACCGGAGCAGCGGGCGGACGGUGGAACCGCGGACGCACCAGAAACCCUAGAAUCGCCCCUCUCGGAUCGGAGGUUUGGAAACGGGGAGGGCCGUAAAACCCCUCAUCCGAGGCCUCUUGAAUCGAAUCCGAGUACCGAGAGACGAAUCCAGACCCCUCCUUUCUCUCAAGAACAGAAGGAGAGAAAACUUUUCUUUUUCUUUUUCUGUUUUUUUGUCGUCAUUGAAUUCGGCAAGAAUAGAUCUUUCCCGUCUUAAACCUCGAAUCCCUUGGUCUUGAUCUAUCUGAUGGAACCCUCGAAGAAGGAAUCGGACGGGGACCUUGUUCCCUUUUGAUUCAUUGGCGAACUUGGUUUUCCCUUUCUUUCUGGCGGAAAAAGAUCCUUUUUGGUGGCCUUUGUGGAGGGGAAAAGCAUUCCUUUUCUCUAAGAUUGAACUGAUUCAGAACGGUUAAUGAAGAAUCAAACCUAGAUCUGUUCUUCCAAGAAAGGGAUUCUGGUUUGAUCUGAAAAUUUCAUCUUAAACAUGUUCGAAUCGGCUGUUUACCAUGGGAAUUCCCUAAUUGGGGAGGCGGAAAUCUCCCCCCAGAACUCGAAUCCUGGCGCCUGGCUCAGGGAGAUCCGGAUCUCCCACUUCUCCCUGCCGAGCGAGCGGUGCCCGCCGCUCGCCGUGCUCCACACCAUUGCCUCUGCCGGCGUCAGCUUCAAAAUGGAAUCAAAGUCGCCACCGUCCGAUGAGUCACAGCUGUGUUCCUUGCAUGCUGCAUGCCUCAAAGAGCAAAAGACUGCAGUUAUUCCAUUAGGAGAGGAAGAAUUGCACUUGGUGGCCAUGAAGUCGAGGAAAAACCUUGUGCAUUAUGCAUGUUUUUGGGGUUUUAAUGUUGCAUCAGGGCUGUACAACUCUUGCCUUGGCAUGUUGAACCUAAGGUGCCUAGGGAUUGUGUUUGAUCUUGAUGAAACCCUCAUAGUUGCUAAUACCAUGCGCUCAUUUGAGGACAGGAUUGAUGCUCUUCAACGGAAAAUUAGUAGUGAGACAGAUCCACAGCGAGUUACAGGUAUGCUGGCUGAGGUCAAGCGCUAUCAAGAUGACAAAUCUAUCUUGAAGCAGUAUGCAGAAAAUGACCAAGUCAUUGAAAAUGGGAAUGUCUUUAAAGUUCAAUCUGAGAUCGUACCGCCUUUAUCUGAUAAUCAUCAAUUGAUAACCCGCCCAAUUAUAAGGUUACAUGAGAAGAAUAUCAUUCUUACACGUGUUAAUCCGUCGAUACGGGAUACUAGUGUCCUUGUACGGUUAAGACCUGCAUGGGAGGAACUAAGAAGCUACUUAACUGCUAGAGGCCGCAAGCGUUUUGAGGUCUAUGUUUGUACAAUGGCUGAAAAAGAUUAUGCUUUGGAAAUGUGGAGGCUUCUUGACCCAGAUUCAAGGUUAAUCAAUUCUAUGCGACUUCUUGACCGGAUAGUGUGUGUCAAAUCAGGGUCAAGAAAGUCACUGCUUAAUGUCUUUCAAGAUGGAAUUUGCCAUCCAAAGAUGGCACUAGUUAUUGAUGAUCGUCUGAAAGUUUGGUAUGAAAAAGAUCAACCUCGAGUUCAUGUCGUCCCUGCAUUUGCUCCAUAUUACGCUCCUCAGGCAGAGGCAAAUGGCAACGUCCCAGUUUUAUGUGUUGCAAGAAAUGUUGCAUGCAAUGUUAGGGGUGGUUUUUUCAAAGACUUUGAUGAAGGCGUACUGCCACGAAUUAGUGACAUUUUCUAUGAAGAUGAAAUGAAAGAUUUCCCAUCUGCUCCAGAUGUGGGCAAUUAUUUAAUUUCAGAGGAUGAUAAUGCUACCUCAAAUGGAAAUAAAGACCAGCUUUGUUCUGAGGGCAUGACAGAUGCUGAGGUUGAAAGGAGAUUGAAGGAGGCAAAUGGCAAUGUCCAAGUUGUUCAUCCCAUGGUCAAUACCUUGGAUCUGAGGUCAAUGUCUCCUAUACAACCUGUUAUGGCUUCUUCAUCCUGUGUACCUCCGCUGACAGCCACUCAAGUGAUGAUGCCUUUGCCUAACAACCAGUGUCCACAGCCCAUUGCAUUAGGCAGGCCACUAGGUCAACCCGGCCUUCCAGAACCUAGUUUGCAAGGUUCUCCUGCUAGGGAAGAGGGUGAGGUUCCCGAGUCAGAAUUAGAUCCAGACACAAGGAGAAGGCUUCUUAUAUUGCAACAUGGUCAAGACAUUCGAGAUCCUACUCCUCAAUUUCCUGUGAGAACCCCUCUCCAUGUCGCAGUUUCUCCAGUGCAAUCACGGGGAAGUUGGUUUCCAUUGGAGGAAGAGAUGAAUCCAAGACAACCGAGCAGGGCACCUAAAGAAUUUCCUUUAGAACCGGAAACUGUAUGUUUGGAUAAAAAACGACCUAACCAUCAAUCUUACUAUCGCAGUGGGGAGAAUUCUAUUUCCUCUGAUAGAGGUUUUAAUGAAAAUCGGAGAUUGGCUAUGCAGUUACAUCAUGGAGAUGAUCGGCUGAGGCCAAACCAUGCAGCAGCAAACUAUGAUUCCUUCCCAGGUGUGCUGUUUCCUAACCAAACUUUGGACUUUGAAGGUGAGGAGAUGCCAACUGGUCGAAUUUCUUCUAGCCACAAGGACAUCCAAUUUGAAUCUGGCCGGGCCACUGCACAAUAUGCUCGAACUCCUGCUGGCGUCCUACAGGAUAUUGCAACAAAGUGUGGAGCAAAGGUGGAAUUUCGAACAGCUUUAUGUGACACUACAGAAUUGCAGUUCUCUAUGGAGGUUUGGUUUGUUGGAGAAAAAAUAGGGGAAGGAAUUGGUAAAACGAGGAAGGAAGCCCAGCAGCAAGCUACUGACUUCUCCCUUCGAACUUUGGCAAAUAAAUAUUUGUCAAAUGCUACAUCUGAUACUCUGCGUGGAGAUAUGCUAAAGCCCUCUAAUGCCAAAGAAAAUGGUUUUAUAAGUGAUGCAAACUCUUCUGGAUAUCCAGCAUAUGCCAGGGAUGAUCUUUUGGCAGUAGCAAGCACUUCAGAAGAGUCCCGUUUUAUGGACCUGAGAUUAGAGGGUUCAAAAAAAUCAACAACUUCUAUUGCUGCCCUUAAAGAGCUAUGUACCAUCGAGGGAUUUAGCCUAAAUUUUCAAGCUCAACCUUCCCCUUCAACUGAUUCAGUCAGUAAAGGGGAAGUGUACACACAGGUCGAAGUAGCAGGGCAGAUAUUAGGAAAAGGAGUUGGAACAACCUGGGAAGAAGCUAAGCUGCAGGCAGCUGAAGAGGCCCUUGGAACUUUGAAGUCUAUGCUUGGUCAAUUUACACACAAACGCUCAGGAUCUCCAAGGUGAAUUUCUAUUUUAUGCUGAAAGUAUGUAGUAUGCACUUCACUGAUACCCUAUCAGAACUACUUUUGGUUCAGAAAUUACAAUAUUGGCAAUCAGAUAAUCAAGAAGAAGAUCAUUAUGCAA